UGCUCGGAGGAGGAGAAUACUGUGUAGUAGGGUUGCACUCUCCCUCACGUCAAUCGCGUUCACAUCAUAGGGUUAAGCAAAACCCGUCCAGACAUCCCUACCAUUUUAAAUCGCGCAUCUCAAAUAUCAUUUUGAGACAAUUCAACGCAUAAAGAUAGACACUGUUUUGGGGUAAAAGAUAAAGAGGACGACUUACACACCAAGACUGCAUUCCAGCAGGUGUGGAGUGAAAAAAAACCCAUCUGGAACCGGCAGCUGUCCAUGGUGCUGAAGCUCUAACGCGGCAGUGUGCACAUACAUGCCAACGGCUCACUCUUGACACCAGGUCCCCUGUAGCUGCUUUACACAGACACACACACACGCACACACACUCACACACACACAUAUCCCCACACAUCUUCUUACAGUGAAACAACAGCUCCGACCACACACGCCAAGAUGGAUGAGGGGUACAGAGACCGGACGGCCUUCAUAAAAGGUGCCAAGGACAUCGCCAAAGAGGUGAAGCGCCACGCCGGCAAGAAGGUGGGCCGCCACGUGGACAAGGUGGCCGACGAGUACACCAAGCGCUCGUACGCGCGUUUCGAGGAGGAGGACGAUGAUGACGACUAUCCCCAGCAGGCGCAGGACGGCUCAUAUUACCGUAGCAACAGCCGCGCCAACGACGAAGAGGGCCACAGCGACUCGACGGAGGGCCAUGACGAGGACGACGAAAUCUACGAGGGCGAGUACCAGGGCAUCCCGCGCGCCGACUCCUCGGGCAAGGCCGAUGGGCAGACUGACCAGGCGCAGGCCCAGUUCCGGGACUUGACACAGUACGAGGCCGAGCGGCGCAAGGACCAGGAAGAGCUGGCCCAGCAGUAUGAGACCAUCCUGCAGGAGUGCGGCCAUGGGCGCUUUCAGUGGACGCUGUACUUCGUGCUGGGCUUGGCACUCAUGGCCGACGGCGUGGAGAUCUUUGUGGUGGGCUUCGUGCUGCCCAGCGCUGAGAAGGACAUGUGUCUCUCGGAACCCAACAAAGGCAUGCUGGGCCUGAUUGUGUACCUGGGCAUGAUGGUGGGUGCCUUCGUGUGGGGGGGUCUGGCGGACAGGAUCGGCCGGCGGCAGACUCUCCUCAUCUCGCUCUCCAUCAACAGCGUCUUUGCCUUCUUCUCCUCCUUCGUGCAAGGCUACAGCUCCUUCCUCUUCUGCCGCCUCCUCUCCGGCGUCGGCAUUGGGGGUUCCAUCCCCAUCGUGUUCUCCUACUACUCAGAGUUCCUUGCCCAGGAGAAGCGUGGCGAGCACCUGAGCUGGCUCUGCAUGUUCUGGAUGAUUGGGGGCAUCUAUGCUGCGGCCAUGGCCUGGGCCAUUAUCCCCCACUAUGGCUGGAGUUUCCAGAUGGGCUCGGCGUACCAGUUCCACAGCUGGCGCGUGUUCGUGCUGGUGUGUGCCUUCCCCGCUGUGGCGGCCAUAGCAGCCCUCAACAUCAUGCCCGAGAGCCCUCGCUUCUACCUGGAGAAUGGGAAGCACGACGAGGGCUGGAUGAUCCUGAAGCAGGUCCACGACACCAACAUGAGGGCCAAGGGCUACCCAGAGAGGGUCUUCUCCGUCACUACCAUAAAAACAGUGAAGCAGAUGAACGAGCUGGUGGACAUGGGAGACUCCAUGGCCUGGCACCAGAAAUGGAGGACGAAGCUGUCCAACCUCUUCCACCAGGUGUGGAGCAACUUCCUGACCAUCUUCAAUCCUGAGUUCCGCCGCACCACCUACAUGAUGAUGGCUGUGUGGUUCUCCAUGUCAUUCAGCUACUACGGUUUGACUGUGUGGUUCCCUGACAUGAUCAAGUACCUUCAGAAACAGGAGUACUCCUCCCGCACCAAAGUCUUCAUCAAGGAGAAGGUGGAGCAUGUCACUUUCAAUUUCACCCUGGAGAACCAGGUCCACCGCAACGGCGAGUUCUUCAACAACAAGUUCUUAAACCUCAAGAUGAAGUCCAUGGUGUUUGAGGAUUCCCUGUUUGAGGAGUGCUACUUUGAAGACAUCACCUCCAGCAACACCUUGUUCAAGAACUGUACCUUUAUCUCCACCCUGUUCUACAAUACAGAUCUCUUCAAGUACCGCCUGAUCAACAGCAAACUCAUCAACAGUACUUUCCUACACAAUAAAGAAGGCUGCUUGCUGGACUUUAGUGACGAGAACAACGCGUACAUGAUAUACUUCGUCAGCUUCCUGGGCACCCUAGCCGUGCUGCCGGGGAACAUAGUGUCGGCUCUGCUCAUGGAUAAGAUCGGACGCCUGAGGAUGCUGGCGGGCUCCAGCGUGAUCUCCUGUGUCAGCUGUUUCUUCCUGUCCUUUGGAAACAGCGAGUCGGCCAUGAUCGCGCUGCUCUGUCUGUUCGGCGGCAUCAGCAUCGCCUCCUGGAACGCCCUGGACGUGCUCACGGUGGAGCUCUACCCGUCGGACAAAAGGACCACGGCUUUUGGGUUCUUGAACGCGCUGUGCAAACUGGCCGCUGUUCUAGGUAUAAGCAUCUUCCAGUCGUUUGUGGGCAUCACCAAAGCGGUGCCCAUCCUUUUCGCCUCCGGUGCCCUCGCCGCUGGCAGCUUCUUGGCACUCAAGCUGCCUGAAACGCGGGGCAUGGUGCUGCAGUAGUGAGGCCUCCCUGCCUACAGGUGGCAGCGUAGAGUAGGGAGAGCCACACUGUGAAGACCACCCUCCCCCACCCAACCCCAGCCUAGUGAUCUCACUUGCAGACUUGGCCAUGGAGGUUUCAUGAUAGAUAUUACUCUCAACAACUGUCUGUUAACGUAUUUGCUUUUUUCAAUUGUUGUAAAUGUGUUGUUUGUUGGGAUACACAACAAAAAUUUGACACUUGGGUAAUUGGAUGUAUGUUUUUAAUGAGAGAAAAAAAAGCCCCCAUGUGUAUGAAUAUGGGAUGAUGAGCCUUUUCUCCAAGAUGGUGAUAUGAGAUUGUAGGCCUAAUACUUCAAGCCAUGCAAUUAUCUAUCCUUGCAGGAAAAUAACCUCCAGCUUUCCUUUACAGGGUAAUUCAGUUCAUUUCCUGACCCACUCUACCCUAUGAGUAUAGUCAGAUAGUCCAUCUCAUUUUGUCAUUUUUAAAUGUGGCACAAUCACAGGGACUUCAGGGUCCAGGUUUUCGGGGAAAAACCAGGAUAUGAAUCCCUUAAAGUAAUGGUUGUGUAUGUGUGUGCACAGAAAAAAACAAACUGCCAUCUCUAGACAGACAUUCCAGUUUCUUUGUAGUUUGAAUGUGGUGAUCGAUUCGCGGUCUGUUUGAUUUUUUCCCUUUAAUCCUUCUUCAAAAUGGUGUGCUAUCUCAAACCAAGUAGGGAGGCGGUGGAGUCAGGCAAUUGGUUUUCCUGAAUGGACAGUGUUGAUAUAGUGUGGUGGUGGUUAAUAUUGUGUACCUCUGGCCAGUUUAAAACAGUUUUUUUUUUAAAGAUAGCAGCUGUUUGUGUGUAAGUUGUGUGUACAUGUGAGAUGGAUCAGUUGUCUGAAAAAUGGUUUUGUUAAGCACUUCUCAUGUUCAAAGCACAGCUGUUUUGAAAUAGGCAAAACCUUUGGCUAUACCAUAGUUGUAUCCGAACUGUCUGACCAAUGCUCAUCUGUGCACAGUAGUUUUAUGUCGUAACAGUAUGCGGUAAGUGACUUUUUUGACACAUGGAAGUAACAGAAGGAUCCCGUUAGACACACGUUGUACUGCAUCUGAAUAUGCUUUCAACCUAGGGUUAUUUAGAGAGUGUUAUGCAUGUAACCAAGUGUGGAAAUGCAUUGAAAUAUGCUUGAAGAUAGUAUCCAUGUGACAUACCAGAGAGAAAAGACAUUGCUGUAUAGCUAAUAUAUGUGGAAUUUGAUGUGGCUCAGUCAGGCCACAAAAGACAAAACAGGAAAAAAGAGAUAAUUUGCGCAAUGUUCGUUAUUUAAUCUCCAGAUCCCUCAUCAGAGGCCCUUGGCUGGUGUCCAUUUUGUAGUUUGUCCAGCCGUGGAAAUCACUUACUCUAAUGUUUUACGUCAUAUUGAGCACUCCUUGAAUGUGCACAAUUGUUUUUUGUUUUGUUUUUGAACGCUUCACCCGUGUGGUAAAGUGUCUGUCUUUAAUGUUCUCCUGGACUACGCAUUAGUUAAGAAAUACCCACAUCUUAUCAUCCAUCUGCACAAAACACUUCCACUAGGUUCACAUACAACAUCGAAAAAAAACUGAGGAAGUCUAAACUAAGCACAAGAUGGUUUGACUAAGACUAUAAAAAAAACCUAUAGGUUUAUUUUAACGAUGCUGUAAAUUAUGUAUUGAAUAUAAAUAUGAAAAAAUGCAGUUUAGUCCAUAAUCAAGUCUGUAUGUUUGAAAGAUUUACUUGCUAAUAUAUACAAUAACAUUCACAAGAAAAAAAUGACUUUCUGUUUCGGAUAUAAAAAAAGAUCUACCAGUAUAACAUGUAUUAGAUAGAAUCCAUUUGAUGUACAUAUGUGUAUUGAUUUGUCAAGAUAUAUUUGCUUUUAUUUUAAAUGAUGUUUAAAUUCAGAGGAUAAGCAGAUCUAUAUAUGGAUAUGCAGUAAUUGCAUACUCUUUUGCCCAUUGUUUGUUUCCUGUCAUUUGCCAAGAGAAAGAGGUAUCUGUUUGUAGGUAUGUAUGUAAUGUAUGUAUGUAUGUAUGUAUGUAUGUAUGUACGUAUGUAAGUAUGUGUGCUUGCAUGAGAACUGUUGAGUGUACUUGAGCAUUUUUAAAAGUUUGUUUUAUUUGAUUAUUUGGGGGUUUGGUUGUCUAGUGUUUUUUUUUUUAUUUUAUAUAUAUUUUUUUACUUUCUGUAGAAAACAGAUGUAGUGCCAGGGGCUAUGGAAUUUGUUCACCAUGGCAUCGUUGGCCUGAUUGUUGACCCGUGUCUCAUAACACGAACUGAUUCUAUAAAGAUAAACUCAACAGGCAAAUCCAUGCAGGGAGACGCAUUAACUUACAAGGAUAUACAUCUGAAGUUACAAUUUUUUUCCUUUGUUGCCUUGGGAACCAUUGGAUGGCAGUUUGUGUGGUCAGCUGAAACUUAAGUGGCAUGGAAUGCUUUUUUUUAAGGGGAUGGGAAUCUCGUAGCAACAGACAAAAAAAAGUUGAAUUUCUGCCCUAACUACAAGUAGUAACUUCACAGAAUCUGUACUGCCACUCUUUAGGAUAGCAGCCAUAUUGUUGGUGUGGAGCUUUGGACACACCCUGUAGUAAAGCAAUCUGUUGUUGUAGCUACAUUACUCAUGGUAAACUUUGUAGUCUCCCAUUGCUUUGCCAGUCGAAAACGCAAAAGUGGGAGGUGUUUGCUCAUUUCAGUGGAACUACAUGGCACAAUCCAAAGCAGUCAUAGGUCGCAAAACAGCAUCACAAAAGCACAACAUUUAUGGCCUGACACUCUUAAGCUCUCCAACACAGUGUCCAUCAUUCAGAUAAUCCAGACUGCUUGUACUCCUAUUUGCUGUUUUGAGACCUUAGAUGAAGGGACACGUGAGCUUGGUCUCUCUUAUCCGCUGAGAACACAUGAACUGCCAUCCUGACCCCCUGGUGUAGUUUCUACCAGCUCUGUCACAGCCACUGUUGUGACAAUCUUAUUUGUGCCAUGAAUGAUAUCUCUUGUUGAUUGCCAAACGUUUUAUACUUCUUUAGCACCAUCACUGAUAGUUAACCUUAAUAAAUAUGGCAUGGCACAAAGACUAGGGACUAAAACCGUACAAGAUCACCAGGACAGUCUUUGUGGAUGAAGUAUAGCAGCUGGUAUUUAUGGCAUGAUGUAAGUGUCAGUUCCUAGCGCAGCCCCAAACGCCCUGUUUCUUCCAGCAUAGAUGAUUGGCAUACAGUAGAUGAAUAGGAUACAGUGGAAAUUCAGUGCAUAAGAUAUAUCUGCCCAUUGUUUGAAGCAGACACAGCAAAUCAAAAGUUAAAGCCUUAGUCUAUAGAUUAGUCCAUUUGAAGUCCAAUGGACAACCCUGCACCUGUGUUAAGCAGUGGAUGUGCAUACGCCCACUAUAGGACAUUCUAUUCUAUAAUGUGGUUUGGCGAACAAGACCAUUAAGGCUGUUAUGGCAGUGUCACAGAGUUGUAACCACAUGGACAAACAUGGAAAUAUGCAAAUAUGGAAAAGUGCAUUGUGGGUGCAAUCUGGCCCUCUGUGAAACCAGAUGGGGUCCGAUUUCAGAAUUGUUCCGGCACCCUCCCCGAGGAAUUCAGUUGCACAUAUAGAGAUCAGUCUGUCUUGUACCAUCAGUGCUUAAGCAUGCUUUAUUAUCUCAAUUGCAAGGUCUUAUCCAUGCGUUUGUCCUGCUCCACCGAGUAACCAUUUUGAGGAUGUCAAUAUUGCUGUCGUAUGCUGUGUAAACGCAAGUAACCUUUCUCAGUGACACUACGAGUUUGUCUCGAUGUGGAAGCGGUCUUGGACCUAUUAUAAACCUCCCCUGUUAGGAUUGUUUUGAUGGUCGUAUAAGUUACAUUUUGUUACAGGGUUUCAUUUUUUUGUAUUUGUAACUUGACGGGAGCAACAAUCAAAUCAUGUGUGCAAAAAGUAAACAAAGCAAUAAGUGACAAAAAAAAUAUGUAUCUCUGACACACCCGGAUACCAUUUGGAGAAAGCACAUUGAAAAUUUACAGGCCACCUCCAGCAAAGCAGCAGGUGUUAGCGAUUAAACAAGAGAGAAAAAAAAUCAGUGAACGGCCAACAUCUAUGUACUCUACAAAAAAUACCAUAGGUCUUUUGAAGCUUUUGUCUAUUGAAAUGUAUUGCCAUAAUUUAAAUGUGACAGAAAUUUAUCACGUUAUCAUUGUACCGUGCUGUAGAGAUUGUAGUUGUUUGUAUGUACAAGUAUAAAUAUGUGGAACAAUAAAAAUGACAAAAGACAAAAAACUCCAA